AGCCUAACUAAAGAAUAAAAAAACCAAACACAGCUUAAAAGAUCACCACCAGGACGACUUCGACGACGACGACGACGACAAUAUGUCCGCCACUCAUAAACAACGUUAUAAAAAUGUCGGUCUGGACUCUACGGAAAUGCGGCGACGACGGGAAGAGGUUGGCAUACAAUUGCGUAAAACGAAACGUGAACAACAAUUAUUUAAAAGGCGAAAUGUGGUCCUGGAACCGCAAACGGCCGGCAGUGGCAUGGACAGUAGCAGCAGCAGUGAGCUACAGUCCAAUGAUAUGCAGAUGGCAGACAGCACAACCAGCGGACAAAUGGGAAAAUUGUUGCCUGGCGUGGUGACGCAACAGCCAGAUGUGACAGGGUUAAAUCAGCAGCAGCAACAGCAUCAACAGCAGCAGCAACUGCUGCAAACACAGUCGAUAAUCAAUGGUGAAAUGAUACAAAUGUUGUACAGUGACAAGGAAUCAGAUCAAUUGGAGGCCACACAGAAGUUUCGUAAAUUAUUAUCAAGAGAUCCAAAUCCCCCCAUUGAAGAGGUCAUCCAAAAAGAUAUUGUGCCACAGUUUGUGAACUUCUUGCGGAAUAAUACAAAUGCCACAUUACAAUUUGAGGCCGCCUGGACGCUAACCAAUAUUGCCUCAGGGACAUCCCAUCAAACAAAAGUUGUGAUUGAGGCUGGUGCCGUGCCCAUAUUUAUAGAGCUAUUAUCCAGCCCGCAUGAUGAUGUCCAGGAGCAAGCUGUCUGGGCCUUGGGCAAUAUUGCUGGUGAUUCACCGACAUGUCGCGAUCAUUUGCUUAGCUCUGGUAUCUUGGUUCCCCUCUUACAUGUAUUGAGCACAUCCGAAAGAAUCACAAUGAUACGAAAUGCUGUAUGGACACUAUCAAAUUUGUGUCGAGGCAAGAAUCCGCCAGCGGAUUUUGCUAAAAUUGUUCAUGGUUUACCCAUUUUGGCGCGCCUCUUGGACUACACAGAUGUGGAUGUCCUAAGCGAUACAUGCUGGGCCAUUAGCUAUCUAUCCGAUGGUCCCAAUGACAAAAUCCAGGCCGUCAUCGAUGCGGGCGUCUGCCGGCGUCUGGUGGAGUUGUUGCUGCAUCCACAACAAAAUGUAAGCACAGCUGCUUUAAGGGCCGUGGGCAACAUUGUGACUGGUGAUGAUCAGCAGACCCAAGUGAUAUUAAGCUAUAAUGCCCUGCCCUGCAUUAGCCAUUUAUUGCGCUCCUCAGCGGAGACAAUUCGCAAGGAAUCCUGUUGGACCAUAUCAAAUAUUGCGGCUGGCAAUCGUGAACAAAUCCAGGCCAUUAUAAAUGCCAACAUAUUUCCACAAUUAAUGGGCAUAAUGCAGACGGCUGAAUUUAAGACACGCAAAGAGGCUGCUUGGGCCAUAACAAAUGCCACCAGCUCUGGCACAUCGGAGCAAAUCAAUUAUCUGGUUCAAGUUGGUUGUAUACCACCCAUGUGUGAUUUCCUUACUGUUGUCGAUUCGGAUAUAGUUCAAGUGGCCCUCAAUGCUCUCGAGAAUAUUCUAAAAGCCGGUGAAAAGUUUCAGGCGCGACCGAAUCCCUAUGCCAUGGCCAUUGAGCAAUGUGGCGGUCUGGAUAAAAUCGAAUAUUUGCAGGCGCACGAGAAUCGUGACAUUUAUCACAAAUCAUUCUACAUUAUUGAGCAAUACUUUGGCAAUGAGGAGGAGGAUGCCCGUGUCGCCCCAGUGGCUGGUAGUCAGCAAUAUGAAUUCAAUCCGCACGAUUUACCCGAAGGCGGUUUCAAUUUCUAGCAUCGGCGAGAACCAAACACAUCAUUUGCGGCGGUGGCAAGCAGCGCCUAAAGUUGCAUUGCAUUGUGCAUUGCGCAACAAAAGUCACUAAACUAUGUACUACCACUACUACUAGCAUUUAAGUCAGCAGUAGGCUCGUCGUUCAUUUGUUUGACUUUUUGUUCCUAUGAUUUUUACUCUAUCCCCCCUCUAUAUAUCUAUGUAUAUCUAUCGCUAUUUCU